AUGGGCCCUAUCCAGGGAGUCACACGCUCGACUUCGCGUGGCCUGAGAGCCGUGGCAUUGAUGAGGCAAUCUCGGAGCACUUGCAGUUUUACCCCAAAGAAUCGAUUCCAAACUAAUCUUGUUACCGUCAGGAAAUUACACAGUACCCCUGCUCGCAACUCCCUGUCAGCUGCUGCGCAGAACCCCUCGUCGAAAGAUCCUUCUAAUCCCGCCCUCUCCUUCCCUUGUCUGGAUGCCCAAGAUGCAAAGUCCGCUCUCCUCUCCGCCCGAUCCCUCCAGUCCGGCCCUGAGCCAUCCUACACCACCGGCCACCACGAACGAUACCACUGCAAAGACCCGUUGCUAUUGGACUGGGGUGGAGUGCUACCGGAAUUUGACGUUGCAUAUGAAACUUGGGGUCAGUUGAAUGCGAACAGGAGCAAUGCUAUCCUGCUCCAUACCGGUCUUUCGGCCUCGAGUCAUGCCCAUAGCACGGAAGCAAAUCCAAAACCUGGUUGGUGGGAGAAGUUUAUCGGGCCGGGAAAGCCAUUAGAUACGGACAAGUAUUUCGUCAUCUGUACGAAUGUCAUUGGAGGUUGCUAUGGAAGCACUGGCCCUUCCUCAUUUGACCCCUCAGAUGGCAAGAGAUACGCAACCCGAUUUCCCAUUUUGACGAUCGACGACAUGGUACGAGCGCAGUUUCGUCUGUUGGAUUCCCUUGGGGUGCAGAAACUGUAUGCGUCGGUAGGCUCCAGUAUGGGCGGUAUGCAAAGCCUUGCGGCAGGUGUUCUCUUCCCGGACAGGAUCGGGAAGAUCGUCAGUAUCAGUGGAUGCGCGCGGAGCCAUCCGUACAGUGUUGCAAUGCGACACACCCAGCGCCAAGUGUUGAUGAUGGAUCCUAAAUGGGCCCGAGGGUUCUACUAUGACUCAAUCCCGCCCCAUUCAGGGAUGAAGCUCGCCAGGGAAAUCGCAACAGUGACCUACAGAAGUGGGCCGGAGUGGGAGAAGAGAUUCGGUCGAAAGCGUGCUGACCCCAGCAAGCAGCCGGCUCUCUGUCCGGAUUUUCUUAUUGAGACUUAUCUCGAUCACGCGGGAGAGAAGUUCUGUCUGGAAUAUGAUCCGAACAGCUUGUUAUAUGUAUCCAAGGCCAUGGACUUGUUUGAUCUCGGCCUCACUCAGCAGAUGGAAACCAUGAACCGGAGGAAGGAGUAUGAAACGAAGAUUGCACAGGGAGGCAAAGUUCUUUACCACAGUGACAUUGCAUGCAGCCUUACCCUCCCGGAGAAGCCGUAUGAAGAGCAGCCGUCCGUGACUGCUUCAAAACCAUCCAUGGAUCAAUCCGUAUCAGAAGGCGAAGCUAGAUCAGACGCUCCACCGCAGGAUCUUGUCGCAGGGCUCUCCCCUUUGAAAACUCACUCUGUUCUCGUCAUGGGCGUUGCUAGUGACAUCCUCUUCCCUGCUUGGCAACAGCGCGAAAUUGCCGAGACUCUACGAGCGGCGGGAAAUAAAAAUGUUCGCCAUGUUGAACUUGGAGAGGAUGUAUCCCUGUUUGGACAUGACACAUUCCUGCUGGAUUUGAAGAAUAUCGGGGGUGCUGUGCAAGAGUUUCUGCAAUGA